AUGAGCGACUUCUUCUCCAGGCUGACAAAUGAUAUCACCGUAGCGUUUGAGAAGCUGGGUUCGGACUUCAACAAGGCGACGAGCGCGUCGAAGCGCAAGGAGACUGCCGGGAAGACGGGGAUCGUAUCCGAGCGCGAGGCGGGUUGGUCGUCGUUCCCCGAGUACGUCAUAGAGCUCGGGCCCAAGGUCCGAUCCAUCAACUGCGAGCGGAACUCCAUCGCGAGCCUUCCUGAAGAUUUUGGACUAAAGCUCACUCUGGUUACAAAGCUCUCUAUGGGAUACAAUGUACUUGCCCGCCUCCCUGACUCUCUGUGCCUGAUGACGACCCUCAAGUCGCUGCGUCUUGAGAAGAACAAGAUCGAGCACCUACCGGAUACGCUAGGGGAUCUUGUCCGGCUCGAGGAGCUGGUGCUGAGGGACAACCGUAUUCGGGUGCUUCCGAAGAGCAUCUGUGGGUUGAAAAAGCUCACGAGGGUCGACCUGUCCAGGAACCGGCUGACAUGCGCAGAGACGCAAGACGAGAGCGGGCUCGCGAACGUCGCGGGGUGUGCGAGACUGACCGAACUGAGAGUGGACGGAAACGUAGGGAUCGAGGCUUUGCCGAAUGCGUGGGGGCAACUGACCGCGCUCGUGUCAGUCUCCGCGGAUGAGACUCGCGUGAGGACGGUACCGACGGAGGUGUUCACGGGAUGCGUAAAACUAGAGCGGGUGUCGCUGAGGUGUUGCCCGACUGACAUCGACGCGAUCAGAGCCACGAAAGGUUGGGACGAAUUCGACGCGAGACGCAUCAAGGGCAGGGACAAACAAAUUCACGGUGGGGUGAUGCUCGGGAGCUUGGAUGAUGGGCUCGACAAGAGUUGA